UCGUGUUUCAUAAAUAUAUUUCAAUAAACAUUUCUUUUUUUUAACAUUUAAGCAACUUAGUUAAAUUCUAUCUGUAUGGAAAAGGCUAACUCCGCGUUAGCUCAAACAGCUGAGCUGGAAGGUAAAUGCUAGAAGGUAGCUAGGUAAGCUAAUGUUAUGCUUUAAUCAGCGGAGGGGAGAGGAUUUCCGCAACAGGUCAGAUGGCUGUACGCUGGCUAUGCAGCCUCUUUGGGAAGCCUUUUGAUGGCGGAAAAAGGAUGGACCAUGGUGGUCCACAGGACCAGCAGCAGCAUCCAAUGGAGCAGCAGCAGCCGUACCACAUGCAACACCCUGCAAUGAUGAGGCUGUAUGAGGUCCAGAAAGAGGUCGCAACUUUGGGGCCGCAGGUCUGCACCUUCAGCGGCCUGCAGAACGACCGGGACUACAAGCGAAUGGAGCGCGAGCUGACUCAGCUGCUGUUGCAGGUGGACCAGGUGGACACAGAGGGAAAACUUGAGCUCCAAGGAGCACGCAAGAGAGCAGCACAAGAGGUGGAGGGCCUCCUGCGAUAUCUGGAGGAGAACGCCUCCCAUCCGUCUCGCCUGGCCAUCGAAGAGCUGAGCAAUGCAGCGCGGCAGCUGGUGGAUGAGCGGGUGGUGGCGCCACAGCGAGCAGGCGCGGUGGCGGAGAUAAAUGACGAGCUGGUGGACGCCCUUCAGGAGCUGAUUCUGAGGCUCACUCAGAUUAAGACUGAGGGCAGGGUGCCGCUCCGGAAAGCGCGAUACCGUGCGCUCACACGGCUGUGUGCCGUGCAGGAAGUGCUUGAAGGCCGCACGCCGCAGCAGACGCUCUCUCUACCGCUGUCAGGGGACACCCACGAAGCUGUAAACCGUAUCAACCAGGUCAUGGUGAAGGUGAGCAUGGCUCGCAGCCAGCUUCUAGCACUGCUGAUGGGGUUGAGUGGGAGGGACAGCUGUGCGCACCUGUCUCGCAUCCUCACAGAACUGCAGGUGGAGCUGGACGCCCUGGACGUCUCUGGGAAUGCAGCAAUCCGAAAUUACAGGAAACAGGUCGUGGAGGAAAUAAACGGGCUCCUAAAACACCUGGACCUGGAGGGAGAGGGAGAUGACACUCGCAGAUACGACUUGGCCCAGAACAACUCCAUCCGUGAAAUCGAGGCUGUGCGAGCUCAUGUCUCCCACUUGCGAGAAGGCGUUCUGCGACACUGUGUGAUGGGUGACCUCAGCUUUAGGCCCAAAGCUGAGCUGCAGAGCCUUCUGACACACCUGGACCAGGUGGACACGGCUAAAAACCCGUGCAUCAGAGAGGCCCGCCGUCGCGCUGUGGUAGAGGUCCAAGCCGUCAUCACCUUCCUGGACCUACGCGAGGCCUUGGCGUGUCGUCAGCCGGGCCCUGAUGAGCACCCGUCGCAUCAGGCUGUUUGGAUGGUCCUGGGGAGCCUGUCUGACCUACAGGCCCAAGUGCUGGGUUUUGACGGCAAGCGGGUCGACAAGAGCUACAUGAUCCUGGAGGAACUGCUGACCAAACAGCUGCUGGCGCUGGACGCCGUGGAUCCGCAGGGCGAUGAGUCAACGAAGAUGGCAAGAAAGCAAGCGGUGAAGUUUGCCCAGAACAUUCUCAACUACCUGGACAUGAAGACAGACGAGUGGGAGUAUUAACGGGAAACGACACUGGGUUGGAUGAUGGUAGCAGAGGAAAGGUAGCUGAAGAUAGCACUGAUCCGAAGUGGUGUGUAAUCAUUCCGAUUGCUGUAAAUAUUGCCCAAAAUACCCAGAAUCCACUGCAGCAGACCUUUUUUUUGUCCCUCUGUAGUAGUCAAAGCCAACCCAUCAGAAAACAGACAUCCUUUUGUAAAACACACGUAUUGUUGAGUGUGAGUUUCCUAAUGCGCGUGUCACAGUUGCUUCUUGCUGUCAGAAGUCUGCAGCCAAAACGCUCAUCUUCUGCUCCCUUCACAGAGUAAAGUGUUCAGUUUGAUUGAUUGUGAAGCAGCAGUCCCUUUGAUUAACUUCACUUUCCGUUGCUAAUGGAAACAGCUGGUUAAACGCUAGCAGUACGAGGUGAAGCUGUUCUGUAGGACUGAAACAACAGACCCGAGCCUCUUUUGUUUGAGUUUUCUGCAUUUUCUACAAAUUGUAGAGGGUCAGGUUGCAGGAAUAUAAACAGAAUGAAUUAAAUCAGGAUUCAAACAGCUGCAAUUACAGGAUAAAGAUUAGCUGAUGAAUCUAAAGCCACUC